AUGUCGCAAAGGAUUGGUAAUUCAGUACUGGCACUCACUCGUGUAUGGCACCACGUUGAUGUCGCAGCAGACCAAAGGACGCUCGGUAGAUUAGCGUCGCAGAUCGCCAUCACGCUACAAGGCAAACAUAAACCCACCUAUACCCCCAACAGAGACCAUGGUGAUUACGUUGUCGUUACAAAUUGUGCUCACUUGAAAAUUACAGGUAACAAAUUAAAAGACAAGACAUACUGGCACCAUACGUCGCGUCCAGGUACGUUGAACUUGAUUCCUAUGGAGAGAAUGAUUUCCAACAAAGGGUAUGGCGAGGUUUUGAAACGAGCAGUAAAAGGGAUGAUACCUAAGAAUAAACAUAGAUUGGUGAGGAUUGACAGGUUGAAGGUGUUUGACGGUGAUGAGCAUCCUUACAAAGAGAAUCUAAUAGCGUUUGCCGAUGAAAUGAAGGAAGUUAGAGCCAAAAUGGCCAAGUUGGAGGAUGAUGAGGCACAAAGAGCUGAACUUAGGAAAAAGUACUUGGCUCAGUUAUAA